GCGUUGGCAGCAGAGAAGCGAUCGAAGGCUUUGGCUGUGGAGGGCUUCGAAAGCGAGAUGAAGAUCAAGUUGGACAUGCUACACUCGCAGCUGCACGACGAGUUGGAGGCGAACAGCGCUUCGUGGCAAGUCGAACUGCAAAUGGAGCGACAUGCGCAAGAAGCGCGUGUCGAAGGCUGGAAGGCACAGUCCAGCCGGUAUGAAGCUGAGGCAGAACCUAGUGGUCAACAUGCUGGAUUGUAG